AUGGACAGUCGGAUUGCCAUGAAGGUGGUUCAAGAGAGACUGCUGCAAAAUCAAGGAAUCGGGAAUGCAUCCACUCAAAUUGAUUUGGAAUCAUCGGACAUUCCUCAGAAUAAGGCGGCAACUGGUGUUUGCCACGAUCGUUCCUUUGCAUCUGGUCAUCAUCAUCCAGGACGACCUCAGUCAGUGACAGAAAGCACAAUAGACAGCCAAAUUGCUAUAAAGGUGGUGCAAGAGAGAAUCGCCGUACGGAAACAAAUGGAACUAAACGAAAACAGAAGCACAAAUCAUCUGGGAGAGCCUACCGGAAACCAUGGAGCGGAACAAGAAACUGUGCGUUCGCCUGUACCACUUCGCACUCAGCAAUCAGCUCCUGGGGCGGUUCGAGUGGCGGGGAUUGAUGCCAUGGAACGCGAUGAAAAUUAUGACAGUUUCAACACACAACAACAGAACAACGCAUCCAUGCCAUUUGAACCAGAUGAGCCCAUUCAAGCCCACUUGGUAGAGAGCUUGCAACAACAGCAACCAAGACCACCUGAGGAUAGUAAAAUCUUGGUAGAGGCUCAACCAAUGGAACCUGAUCCACCAGCCGAUCCGGUAGCACUAAUCGAUGCAGUCAAAACGAACAAGCGGCUCUCUUGCUCCAUAUUGGCAGUGCUAGCCGGAUUGGUUGGGGGAGCAUUGGCCGUGGGCUUGUCUGUGGGAUUUGCGGCCAAUCGAAAGAACAAUUCCUCGGACGAACGAACACCACUUAUCGAUCCAGUGUUACCGGCCAUGACAAGUGACCUGGAUGAUACUACCAUUGAAACAAUCCGCACCGACCCUCUCAGUCCAGAACAUAAGGCCAACAGAUGGGUCACAUUGGAUCCUCAUUUGCUCUCUUAUCCAGCGGAACGAAUCCAGGUGCGCUUUUUUCUCGCUGCCACUUACUACGCCACAAACGGAGACGAGGAUUGGUAUCGAAAUGAUCUAUGGAUGAACUACUCGGCCAACGAAUGCGACUGGUAUACAUCCCAUCCCACAUCUCCCUGUGAUAAUGAGAAUGGCACCUACGCCAUUCUCAAUCUGACCCACAAUGGAUUGACAGGAACCAUGAUUCGAGAAAUGACACGACAUCUCCGCAUCCUCGACUUGAGUUACAACAAGCUGGCAGGACCCCCUCCUCAAUUCACACUAAAACAUUCCAACAUGCAAGCUGUCUUUCUGAAUGACAAUCAGCUAUCAGGUCGCACCAUGGCAGAGAUUGGCUGGAUUAGCAACGACUUGAAAACGUUGAACUUUGCCAACAAUCUCCUUUCGGGCACACUUCCUGCAGCUGUCGUUCACUCUGCUCCGAAUCUCGAACUUAUUGAUGCGUCCAUGAAUCGGUUCGUGGGGCAUUUGCCAGAUCUUUGGAACAGAACGGAUUUGAAGGUCUUUAAUCUGGCGGACAAUCUGCUUUCCGGGACAGUGCCUUUGUCUCUGUCGUCAUCCACACGAUUAGAAGAACUCAAUCUUGGUGGCAACCGAGGGGUUCUUGGAUCGAUCCCGUCGGAGUUGAGCGAAUUGACAAAUUUGAGGCUGUUGGAUCUAUCCGACACGUCGAUUACAGGAAGUGUCCCGGAGGGACUCUGCGCAAUGUCUAGACAGCAGGGUGGACCGUUGGAUAUUCGUGUGGACUGCGACCAAAUUGAGUGUUGCUCAUAG